AUGGGGCCGGCGGAGAAGGUUGCCGCCGCCGAGGCUUUCGUCCAGCGACAGUGCUGCGCGAGACCUGUGGAAGAUGUCUCACGAUCACCCGGCUCCAGCCCCUCACGGCCCGUCCGGCCUGACGCGCCCAGCCCACCUCGCAGCUCCGCCAGGCUGGCGGGGGCCCUGCGCCAUUCCCCCCCGGCGAGAUGUGCCGGACCUUGGAACACCCCCCCCCGCCCGGCCGGUGCCCCUCACCCCGUGCUGUGUGGCAGGUGGGUGCAGCAACAGCGGGAGGAGGUUUACGAGAAGAUCACUCAGCACAUGUGGUUGAAGACGGUCAUUGAGCGUUUGCAGGAGGCAGACGGCCGAGCGGUGCAGACGCAGGUGGAUCUGGGCUAUAACUUCUUUGUCAAUGCGGACGUGCCUGACACCUCCAGGAUCUUUGUAGCACUCGGCUACGGGUUCUUCGCGGAGCUGACGCUGACAGAGGCGCUGCGCUUCGUGGAGAGAAAAACAAAGUUACUGAUCGAGCUCAGCGAAUCCCUCGCCAAGGACUCGGCCAAAAUAAAGGCUAAUAUCCGGAUGGUCUUGGAGGGCCUACGGGAGCUCCAAGGCUUCCAGGACCUGCCUGAGGACCCCAGACGAGACCUCGCCCUCUAGGACCCCCCCCCCCGGACUCUGCUUAAUGAGGUGGGGGCAGGGGAGCACUGGGGGAAUCCUCGCCCUCUCCUGCUGUGUUUACCUGUCCCAUGGGGGCCAGGACUCCUGGGCUCUUUCCCUGGUUCUGUUCCCCACUCCUCCAGCCAGUCCAACCUCUCAUGCUGCCUCAGUUUCCCCUGCUGUCCCUGGCUGCAGCGUCUUGUCAUCUCAUUUCUACUGUGAAAAUAAAGACUCCAACGCAGGUC